AUGUCACGCGAGCUGAACCCUGACCAAGCGGCAUCAAAUGAACCAGCCGUUGUGGACCCUGAUCAGAGCCCUGCAGAUGCACCAGCCGCUAUGGAGCCUGAGCCUUGUCAGGUCCUUGCAAUUGCAUCAGCCGCUGUGGAGCCUGAGCCUGGUCAGGGCCCUGCAGAUGCACCAGCCGGCCCUGCAGAUGCACCAGCCGCUGGCCUUGCAGAUGCACCAGCCGGCCCUGCAGAUGCACCAGCCGCUGUGGAGCAUGAGCCUGGUCAGGGCCUUGCACCUGCAGAUGCACCAGCCGCUGUGGAGCAACAGGAGUCAAAGGAUGGAUCAAACGCUGUAGCGGCGACUCUUCCAGAGACCCAGACUGCCCCUCAAGCCGCUGGGGGUGUUUUGGAUUCGAAUGAGAUUGUCUCUGGUGAGAAACCGGAGGAACAGACUGACAAGCCAGAAGUUGAGGAGACCACGUCUGAGGCUGUGGGGAACAACGGUCCUGGAUCAAACGAAGUUGAGACCAAGCCCACGGCCACGGCCGAGGUGACCAACAAGGAAGCACUCCUUGAGGCCAAGAUGCCUGAGGAGACACCUGAUGUGCCCAAGGUGCAACCUGCAGUUCAGGCUGCGCCGGCUGAGCCACAAGAAGUUGCUGAGCGUGCUGCCGAGAUUGCGGAGACCAUCGAGACAAAGAUGCCUGAGCAGCCUGAGAGUCAUCCCACGGACAUGGACGUGUCAAAGGUUCCUGAAAACAUGGAACCGGAUUCGGAAGUUGACCCUGAUGCUGUUGAGGAUGCAGCCGCUGAGAAAGCAAAGGAUGCUCCGAAGCGGCCAGCGCAGGGCAAGAAGCAAAGGCAAGGCGGCAAGCUUGAUCCCAAGAACACCCAGAGUUUGAACGUCUUUUUCGAUGAUGGGGCCAAGAAGCGCCGUGUGAAGGGGGAUGGAGAAGGCACUACUGAGACUGGGAAAUCCUCUUCCUCCAAAAAGCGCUCGGGCAAUGCUGAUGCAGGGGAAAGCAAGAAGAGGACCAGGAAAUGA